AUGAAGAUCUUGUGGCUGUGGUUGGUUGCUCGGGGCAUCGCUCGUGAAGAUGGUGCCGGAAAUCGUCCAUUAAUCCUGGUUCCAGGACUUACAGGCAGCGCGCUAGAAGUGCAGGAGCGUGAUGCGCCGAUGCCUCACUUCUGGUGCAAGCGCAGCACAUCCAACGAAUGGAUGCAGAUAUGGGUCAGCCCUGUGCAAACCUUGCCGUGGGAAAUCGAUUGCUUGAUGGCCCGGAUGUCUUUGACGUAUGAUGCUGCCACAGACGUCUAUUCGAAUUUGGCCGGUGUUGAAUUGCGAGCGCGUGGUUGGGGCAACGGCACAGCAAACGGCAAAACCCACAAGGACAUCUUGUACAGCUACCAGUUCGACACGAUGCUGCACCACUUGCAGCAAAACCUUGGGUACGAAUUGGGCACCGACGUGUUCCUUGCUCCAUAUGACUGGCGCUUGGCGGGUGAUGCUCAUUCCAAGCCUGCAAACGGGGUCGGCGGAUACUACCGGCAGCUGCAGGGUUUGAUUGAAAGGACGGUUCAGGCCGCGGAUUUGCUCGCAAUCAUGGUCAACGGUUCUUGUCACGUGCUGCAACAUGUGUCGUGUCUGAAUUGGAAAUGCACUUGUUGCCUCAGCUGCACAAAAUUCGCAUUGGGUCGAUUUGUUUCCAUAUGCAAACGCAGCACAGCGUUUGCCGUUGUGCGCAGUAUGGCGAAUUGCGUUUUUAUGUCGGUGAGAGGGUGUUUGUUGAUGGGUGUUGUGUGUUUCGUUGUCACUCGUACUCUCCAGACGACCACAAAACUAUCGCGGUUCCAUGUGGAAUGUUUCCGAUACACGGUAGUUAGUUAA